AUGGGGCGUCGAAAAUCGAAAAGAAAGCCGCCUCCUAAACGUAAGGCGAUUGAGCCCUUAGAUCAACAAUUCAAUUGUCCUUUUUGUAAUCACGAAAAAUCUUGCGAAGUGAAAAUGGAUCGAGCUAGAAAUACAGCCAGAAUUCAAUGUCGGGUAUGCUUAGAAGAUUUUCAGACAACCACAAAUGUUCUAUCUGAGCCAAUUGAUGUUUAUAAUGACUGGGUAGAUGCUUGUGAAAGUGCAAAU